AUGUGGCUUCAUCAAUCUAUAUCGACUCACGUAUCAUCAUUCCAAGUCAAGAAACUAGAAACACGAGACGACGAUAGAAUUCCGAUGGAGGCGAAACUCAAAAAGGGUUUCUGGAAGCCGGAAGAGGACUUGAUACUGAAGAAAUAUGUGGAGAGUCAUGGAGAAGGAAACUGGACUGCUGUUGCUAAGAGAUCAGGUUUGGUGAGGAGUGCAAAGAGCUGCAGGCUGAGAUGGAAGAAUUACCUGAGACCUAACAUCAAACGUGGUAUGAUGUCUGAGGAUGAAAGGGACCUCAUCAUUAGGCUGCAUAAGCUUCUCGGCAACCGUUGGUCGUUGAUAGCCGGUCGGCUCCCCGGGCGGACGGACAAUGAAGUUAAAAACUAUUGGAAUACCCAUUUGAACAAGAGGGCCUCCAGGGACCAGAUUAAGCAUCUGGAUUCGAAGACUGAGGAAAAACGAGAGGAGAACCUGGAGACGACAAUGGCAUUGAGUACUAAUGAGGUGGAAAGAGACGCCGUUACAGAUACUUCUUGGAUAGAUAACCUAACAAAUGUAGACUAUAGUAUGGAUAUGCCUCCACUCCUUCCAGACUACUCGCCACUCUUCAACGACUACGACACGUUCAUGCCCAUACUCGAUAAUUUUGUUCUGCUGGAGACAUUGGGAAGCAGGGCAGAUGAAAUAAUCCAGGAGACAAUCUUCAUGUAACUUGAUGAUCAGAUCAAAGACAUGAAAUGUAACGUGGAAUAGUCUUAUAUGCAUUAGGUCUGAAAAGACAAAGAAGAGUCGAUCAUGCUACAUCAGUACAAUGUACAUGGAGUUCACUUCUGAUAUGGUAUGAUCGAGAUCUGUGAUGUCGUGUAGUUUUAUGAUGAUGCAUGUAAGAACUAUGUGUCUCUGUUUGUGUUAGUUCCCUGCAUUUUCCCGUAACUUUAUAUGCUACGUACCGGACUUUGUAGUCGAAUAUGAUCGAACUGUAUUAUUAAGUAGUGUUACAAAAUUUUCUUGUGGGCCUUUGGUAUUGAAGUUGAGUUUGCUCGUGACAAA